AUGGCUUCGGACCCAUCCUCGCCAGGGGCAUCCACACCACAGCCUCCUGCCGAAAAGCCCUCCGCUCCCCCGUCAACAUCCUAUCCUCCCCGCUCGCCCGCGUUCGCAAACCCCACCAAAGGCCUUCUCACCACCUUACCAUGGCUCACCCUCAUUCAAAUCUCCUACGUGAUUAUCUGCCUACCCCCCGCAGGGUCAACGGAGACGAGCGCGCCCGCCGAGGGCAAGUCGAGCUCUCGCUCACCCGGACCUGCCUCGCGCCAUGCGAAGCACAGCAAGCGUAAACAGCACGUCAACAGCUGGACGUGCAUCUGGUCCCGACUACUGCCUGCUCUGCUCGCGCUCGCUUUGACCUUCGUUCUGGCCACCCCGAUUCUGGCGGUCCUCCUUGUUCUCUUCGGCGCUCCUCUGACAACCCACAAUGCCGAGACGGUCCUCGGUGCAGCCCAUAUGGCCGUUCUGUCCGCAACGGCACUGAUCUACACACACGGUCUGGACCGAUCUGUCUGGAAUGAAGUUUGGGGAAUCGCCCGUCCCGCCGAUGCGGUCUGGGGUAGUGCCCUGGGCACAGGUCUCGGCGCGUGGUUCGGUGCCAUCCCCAUCCCUCUCGACUGGGAUCGACCUUGGCAGGCAUUCCCAAUCACAAUCCUCACUGGAGCAUACAUCGGCUAUGCCGUUGGCUCGUUUGUUUCCCGCACACCGCUCGUUUUUGGAAAGCGUAUCGUCUUCACGGCGGAUGCGGAUGACGACGAGAAGAAGACUAACUAG